CAUCAACAACUAACAGUGCUGUGUGACCGCGAAGUGAAUUGACCCCCGGAACCGAGACAAUUUAUAAACCUUGCUCCAUAGCUUCCUGUUGGUGUUUCCUCCCCCCUCCCCCUUUCGACUAUUUCCCGCCUCGACUGUCGUCCCUGGCUCCAGAAAUGACUUCUCACUCGUAUCCACUUGAGUUUGAUGUCGAGCUCGGUACUCUCGCAAUCUCAGCCACUCUCCUUUCCUCGUCAACUCAUCGACGCGUCUUAGUAGAGGAACCAAUCUCCCCACGUCCAUCCGAUUCCACGCCACCAUCGGAAACUGUAUCCUACACGGUGUUGUCCAGUUCAUACCCGACAUGGCCGCCAGAUUCAACGUUGUCGGCCUCACCAUCGCCACCACGUGCCCCAUUCCCUGCGCAAGAACACCCUCCUCCCCCAUUUACUGAGGUUCCGCUGACAGCGAGCGGUCUAACUCAGAGGCAGACUUCAUACUUGGGUGGAGAGGCCUCGCCACAGGGAUCUGAUCUCAUGGCCACCGACAACGAGGAGGACCCUCCAUUCAUGCCACCACCAGCGUACGCUCCCACUGUUGAUACUGGGCCAGAAUACACCCGAAUAAACGAGAAUCCGGAGACUCUGGCGCGAUAUCUCUUCAGAAAUGGAUUUUUUUUCCCUUUCUUCUGGAUACUGGGGGCCUCUAUCCUCAUCUCGAACCUCAAUCCUAUACCGCGUCCUGGUGACUUAGCAUCGGACGUGAAGACCGAGGCAGAGUACGCACAGGAGUUGGGCAUCAUUCGCGCCACCGAGCUUAAGUGGGCGUGGCGUUCACUGUCACGCUCAGGAGGAAGAGAAGACCUGUCCUAGGACAUUCCACGAGCAACAAAAUCUGUAUUUUGCAUCAAGAGGUGCUGAUGACUGGACGUUG